GACACUGUUGAAGAUCCUAUUGACGAACAAGAAGUUUUUGACCUUGUGCGAUCUAUUUCCGAUCCUGAACAUCCUUUAACUUUGGAGCAACUCAACGUUUUACAGUUCGAUCAUGUAGAAGUAGACAAUGACAAUAAUAAGGUAUUGAUUGAAUUCACACCGACCAUUCCUCACUGCUCAAUGGCUACCUUGAUUGGAUUAUGUAUUCGAGUGAGAUUACUGCGUAGUUUACCAGAUAGGUUCAAGGUGGAUAUUCGUGUACGUAAGGGAACUCAUCAAUCAGAGCAUGCUGUGAAUAAGCAAUUGAAUGAUAAAGAAAGAGUAGCGGCCGCUUUGGAGAAUACCCAUUUAUUAGAAGUUGUCAAUCAGUGUUUAUCUACAGCAGGAUUAAGAGGA